AAUGGUUUCCCGGUGCACGUACGAGAGAACGUCAAAUUAUAUAUUCCGCUCUACUUGCGUUGAUUCGUUGUUGGUUUCAACAUUCAGGUGUGGAAAUUAUAAAUAUCAUAACAAAACCACAGCUCAUGGCCAACUUCAACAACAAACGACUGUACUUUUGAGUGAAAGAAGCCUUACAGACUUCUAAUGCGUAGCAAACUACCAGCAUACAAGUGUUCAACAAAAGAAUAGUCCAACCGCCUGCUAUUUGUUGGAGCUUUACCAAGGAUUGCAAAAUGAGGAGAGAUGGUCAAUCCUUCGAGGAGAGAGCUAGAUUACUUCGUUCUGAAGAUCGACCUUAUCAGUCACUCGGCUCCGUGCAUCAUAACAAAUGCAAAGUCUACAAACGACGUUGGUACAUCUUGAUCGUUUUUUCGAUCGUUGCUUCAUUGAACAAUUUGAUUUGGAAUACAUGGGGACCCAUACAAGGUGCUGCCCAAGUAGUCUACGGCUGGGACUCUACGACUAUUACCCUUCUUGCAGACUGGGGACCCAUAUCAUUCGUGGUUGCCGUUGUACCCAUGUGUUGGCUUAUGGACAUGAAAGGUAAAUGAUCACAUGACGGUUUUCAUUCAUGGUUUUUCUUAAAAUUUUGCCGGCGGCUAUCGAUGCUUGUCACGUAGCAAGGUUUUCAUGCAGUAGGAUACCUGGUCACCGUCUGUGAGAUAAAAAAUAUUUCUUUCUAUUUGCUUUGAACCAUUAAUUAAUGACCGAGUGGGUCAAUUUUACAUAAAAGAGCUGAAAUGAGGCACUUUUGCAUUCAGCAGCCUUUUUUUGUAACAAUUACUUGUACUAUACCAAACUCGUGUACAAUUUUAUUUACUGUCACAUGUUUGGUACGUUACAUAGCAUGUUAUUGAUUUUACACACUUUCUCAUCAAGUGUAACAAGAUCUCUGGUGAUUAAUCUUUGUGAUACUGUAUUAAAUCAUGAAUCUGAUACCCCUCAGACUGUCAUGUGCUUAUUCGAUCAAGUUAUUGGUUAUAUAAGGCAUGCACUAGCUGAACAUCCUAUUUAUAGGAAGAUGAAGCUCAUCAUGUGGCAGGCAUGGGGUAAAGAAAAGUGUUAGUCACUGACUGGGGUUGAACUUGGACCUUGUGGGAAAGACCCCUAGUGACCUCCAAUAAUGUUUAAAAAAUAGCAGCAAACACAAGACAACCUUGUACAAAUAAAAGUACACAUUCCCAGCCAGUCCUCCAGCCAAACUACAUACAAUGCAGUUUUAUGGAUGUCUGUUGCAGUGUUAAAUAAAAAAGUAAAUUUAUUAUUAUUAUUAUUAAUAUUAUUAUUGUUAUCAAGGUAAAAGAAAUGUUUAUGUGCUUUUCAUUUGUUUCUUAAUAGGCUUACGAAUAGCUGUCUUGGUUGCUGUUUUCUGUGAGUUUGUUGGAGCUGGUCUUCGCUGUAUACCACUGUCUGACCUUACCCUUCAAACCUGGUUUAUCCAUUGUGGGCAGUUUAUUACAGGAAUUGGAGGUCCAAUUGCCAUGGCAGCAGCGCCGAUGGUGUCUGCAGCAUGGUUUCCUCCUGAGCAGCGUACAACUGCCACUGCAAUCUCAUCUCUGGCUUGUUACAGUGGAACUGCACUGUCAUUUUUGAUUGGACCUUUUUUGGUUCCUGAUGUGUUAAGUUAUGUUAAUAACACUGAACUGAGCAGUGCAACUAAAGGAGGAGAAAUCUCUUUCAUAGAACUGAGAAAGUAUUUCAACCAAACUGAGAGAGACUACUUCAAGAGUAAAAUCAUGAAUCUAAUGUAUAUUGAACUUGCUAUUACUACAGUGACAAUGAUUUGUGUAAUCAUCCACUUUCCUAAGAAGCCUAAGCUACCGCCAAGUGUCACAGCUGCCAUAGGACGCUUGGAAUUCAAAGUUGGUGCGAAGAGUUUGCUAAAAAAUGCUCAGUUUUGGCUGCUUGUGUUUAUUUAUGGCAUUGGAACAGGAGUAUACGGUGGCUGGUGUUCCAUUUUGGAUUUGAACCUUUCGCAGUUUAAGAUUUCCCAAAACACUGCUGGUUGGUUGGGAUUUGGAGCGGUAGUGGCUGGAUCUCUGUCAGGAAUUUCUUUGUCAAUGUGAGUGUCAUAAGGAAAUAAGUUAACCCUCUGUUUCCCCUUUAAGCCUUAUUAUCUACAUACAAAUAAUCUCCAGACUGAUCCAUACAUUUCCUUAAAGAGUUAGUUAAGAGAAUUUGGUAAAAGAUCAAAGCAUUUUUACCCUGGUGAUCAUUUUAUAAAUUCUCUUAACCUCUGUUACUAAAGAUGUGUUGAUAUUGUAAGGAGAAAUUGAUGUUGGUCACUCUAGGGACUUGAGGGUAAAACUGUCAAGCAUCUCUUGUCAAGUAUGACCAACUGAGUGCUCAAUGUAAGUUGACUGUUCAGGGAGUGGUGGUGAAGACAACAAGAGUAACUUAAUCGGCAGUGAUUUUGUUACCUCUGUGUCCUGUGUCCUCGACGCACAAAAAUCCUGCAAAGACACAAAAUAAAUCAUGGCAUGCAUCCUGUAGGACACAAAGAUUGGUCGAUCUGAAUAUGUGUUUUUGCAGAAUAUUGUGUUCAUGGGAUUUCUGUAGCAGUUAUUAGGGCUGUUGUUAAACUAGGCAUGUUUUCUUCAGCCUUUGUUGUCCUUUAAAAUAGAAGGACUCUAAAUUAAUUUUAGGGCUGUUAUACAGAGUUUCGGAGUCUGUCUUCAGAUUAACUGUCUGGAGGCCUGUCUGGAUACAUAAAGGCCCAAGCAUUUUCAACUUAGGACUCACCAUAACUAUUUGUAGCAAAAUCACUGAAUGGGACAUUAAAAAGUGACAGCUUUUAAUCCUUCAAGUCCCAAAAGUGAUGAACAUCAAUUUCUAUUCUUUGAAAAAAAUUAGUGACAUGAGUCAAGAAAAUUUGUAUGUGGGUAUAUUAUAUUGAGGGUUAAUAUCACACUCUUGAUCGCCCCCAGCCCAAGUUAUGGCAGGAAUUAUUUGUGACCUUAAGCCUCAAAAUCUACGUGCAAAUUCUCCAGAUUAAUCUCCAUAUAUUUCCUUAAAGAUUAGUAAAGAAACUUUGACAAAAAAUCAAGGGUUUUCUGGAUUGAGUUUUGAUGAAUUACAGUUAAAGAGAAAACUCAUGUUAGUCACUCUUGGGUCUUAAGAGGGUAAAAAAAGGGGAUACUUGUAACAGUUUUUUCUGUUUAAUGGUAAAUACAAUAAUAAUAAGUUUUGACCUUAUGUGAUUUUCUUCCCUGAAAGUGGGAUUCAUAGUAAAAUCUUUGGUAGUGCCUUCAUCCCUCAAGAAAAGAAAGAAACAUAUGACCCUUUCUGAACAAGUUCAAGGUGUUUACCAUGCAUUAUGGACAAGACCCAGUUGUUCAGCAGUUGGAUACCGUAUUUAUUCGAUUAACCGCACAGGGCGCUUAUUAAAUUUUUGAACCUUGGGAGUGGGCGCUUAUUCGAGGUGGGCGCUUAUUCAAGGCUGGGCGCUUAUCAAAUUCUCACCAUUUUCAGCAAGUGAAGUAUGUGUAUUUUGCAACAAAACAAUAAAAUGCUAAUAACAAAACGCAAAGAAGUAACAAAGUAAAUUUUCUGUAAAAUACUCUGAAGAAAACUCCGUCCUUGGGGAAAUCUCUUAUUAGAAUUUAUUCACUCAAGUGGGUGGGGUGGGAGUGAGCGCUUAUUUGAGUUUAAUUGGGAGGAGGAGGGGGUGGGCGCUUAUUAAGUUUUUCUGGUUUUAGGAUGGGCGCUUAUUCGAGGUGGGCGCUAAUUCGAGGUUGGGCGCUUAUUCGAAUAAAUACGGUAGUACUAUUUACUGGAUAAAUUUAUCAUCCAGUGGAUAACUAUUAGAAAAACCAAUUGCAUCAUCUUCUGGACAUAGGUUAAUCUAGUGGAUAGCACUAUCCAUUCUUGAACUACCGGAGCCAAGCCAUGAAAUUUCAAACAUGUGUUGAAUAGCACUCUCCACUAGGUAAAUCAUAACUAGAGAUCAUUUAAUUUGUACUUAUUUGCCCAUGCAAAGAUUUUUGAUCCCUAUACAAUUUGUUUUUCAGAUUUGUAGACCACUUUGCGCGUUACAUGAAGCUGACUGUCAUAGGACUGCUAACAGGUGCAACAGUGUCACUCACAAUAUUCACGCUGAUAUGUGCUGGCAUCCUUCCUUACUCAAAACCUCUCCUCUACCUCACAAGUAUCCUUGGAGGGUUCUUUGUCAAUGGAACCAUCCCGUUAUUCUUUGAGUUGGCGGUGGAAUCAACAUACCCAGUUGCUGAGGGAAUUACUUCUGGUUUUCUAACCUUUUCUAACAAUUUCCUGCAAAUUGUGUUCUACAUAUUCCCAAUGAUACCAAAUUUUGGGCUGAGAUGGAUAAAUUGGUGCACAUUUGUCACCACUGCUCUCUGUAUUCCUCUGCUGAUGUUAUGGAAACAGAGGCGUUACCGGUCAAAUAUCGACGAGAGGCCUGACACUUAUGUCCCUGCACCACACAACAGAGAGUUAAAUAGUGAAGCCAACUAUGGCAGUGCAAGUACAACAGCAAAUAGUGGCUUUCAUGGCUCUGUCUCAAGUCCUUCAAUACAAACAAGCGUUGAUGAUGUUGGGAUCACUUUCAUGCCAUCCAAGGCAGUGUGAAAACAAAGUUUGUUUUCUGUACUGUUCUCCACAGGAAGAGAAGGGAGAGGAUCUGUUUAAAAAUCAAUGCAUUUUUUCUCUAUCAAAUGCUUUGUUUAUUCUCCUAACUUUUAUUUUUGAUUAUUAUUAGAAUGUGAAAAAAAUAUACCGGUGAAUAAGAAUUGUAUCUUGAUUUGUGUUAGAUCUUUUAGGGUAAAUGUAUCUUACAUGAGAUCAUUAACAAAUUUGUGGUACAGAGUUCACCAGCAAUAAGUUAUUCUGUUACAAUUUUGAUUCAAGAUAUGAUUUGACAUGACGUUUAUUAUUUUUAACAUCUGCCGUCUCAAAUAUCAUGUGCUAAUGAUAUCAUUAUCAUUGACCCCCUUUCCUUUCAAGAUACGUCGAUGAAAAGACAAUAUGAAAACGUUUUUUCCUUUCCUGACAUCUUAAAAUAAAUGAAUCCCCUUUGCAGUGAGAGAUUUAUAUUUAUACAUAUUUAACGAAAGCCAAGGACCUAGUUUGUGAAAGCCAUUUUAGAACAUAUUCUAAAUUUUAAGUUCUUAGUAACUAUUACGCUCUUGCAAAAUGUUACUUUUUUGUGUCAGAUUCUUAGUUAUCCAUUUAUUUCCCAUUAAAUCUUAAAAUAGUCUGAGAUUAACUAGAAAAUUGACUUUGUGGACAUAAUGUAUCAGAACAACAGAUCUUUGGGAAAGGUUAAAACUGGCAUGUUUUCCAACAUUGCUUUGAAAAAUAUAUUUCUGCCACUCUUUUUCAACAAUGUCAACAAAAAUAUUUAAUAUUUAUGCUUUCACUAAUGAUAAUGUCUGGAGUGGUAAUCAAAACACUAUUAAAUUGCAAUGUUUGCAGUUUGUUUAUUAUUUAAGCAAUAGAAAACCUUUUCCAUGUUUGCAUAGCAUGAUAUAAAAACAAGAGGGGUUGGGAGGAUUUGAGCCAGUUAUGCAAACCCGAGAUGUAGUCAAGGGUUUGCAAAACUGUCAAGAAUUCUCCCACCCCUCGAGUGUUCACAUCAGGCUAUGCCAAUACAGGAAAAAAGUUUUCUUUUGCUUUUAUAAAUUAACUUUUCUGAGAAAAAACACAAAAAUCUUUGUUAUGGAACUGAUUAAAAGAGAAAUUCUCACCAGUCCCGAAGUCUUGUACAUGAAGUCUAGAACAUAAUCAGUUAUUGUUUUUCAAAAAAGAGGCUUUCCAAAAUAUGGAUUUUUCUCACCUAAAAUGUCAGCUUGAGUGAAAAAAAUUGAUACAGCAUGUUUAAAGAUUUUCCAGGUUUCAGCUGACAAGGGAAUGGGUAAAUAAAGAAGACUUGUCGAGUUUUCCACCAAAAAACUUUUUCAAAUUUGUGCUUGUGUUGAUGUGCAUGCAAAAACCAAAACAUCUUGACGUCUCAACCAUGUUUACAUACUCACAUGCAAACACACCUCUCAGCCAAUCAGAGCGUGUGUACUAUCUUAGUAAUUUUAUAAGUAAAAUUAAUAUAUAAACAAUUUUAUGAACUAAAUCGGUCAUAAUCAAAGAGGAAAUGCGACUAGGAAUUCACUAGUAUAAGCAAUGAAAUAUGUUUAAAUGGGG